AUGGAGGAGUAUGCUUAUCUUUUACGUAUACCUGUUUUUGACAAAGUUCCUUUUAGUGGGGUGGAAGGAAUUCUUGAAUCUCGAGUUAUUACCGAAGCCAUUCAUUUAAGGAAGUAUGACAUAGAUGUCAAUCUCACUGUCAAAGGAGGUAUCAGAGGAUUGACUUCAAGGUUUCUAUUAGAAAAAGCCUUUUCUUUUACUAAUGUUGGUAGCAUGGUAGAAUUUGAAACUAUUCUUGCUUUACUCAUCUAUGGUUUGAUUUUGUUCCCUAACAUUGACAACUUCAUUGAUGUUAACUCUAUGAGGAUCUUCUUGAUUGGGAAUCUGGUUCCAACCCUGCUCGGUAACACUUAUUUCUCCAUUCAUCAUAGGACUUCUAAAGGGGGUGGAAUUAUUGUCUGUUGUGUACCUUUACUGUACAAGUGGUUUAUUUCACACUUUUCACAAUCCCCGAUCUUCACAGAAAACAAGGAUUGUUUAAGGUGGUCUCAAAGACUUAUGUCUCUCACCAAAGACGACAUUACUUGGUAUGCUUAUGUUUACGAUGACGUUGAGAUUAUUGAUAGUUAUAGGGAGCUCUCUAAUGUGCCUCUUCUUGGUUUAUUUUCCCAAGAAGGGAAAGAUACUCAAGGGCUGAAAGCUAGGAUAAUACGUGUUUGGCAUAAUGUUCAUAAGAAGGGAAAAUGUGAGCUUGGAUUGAGGAAUUAUGUAGCUUUGGAUCCUUACACUAGUUGGGAGUUACAAGAGGAUUUGGAUAGGAUGGGGAAAGAAAGGGAUGAUUGGGAAGACAAGUUUCACACCUCACACCUUGAGAAAGUAGAAUUGCAGAAGCAACUAAAGGAAAAGGACGACUUGAUAUAA